CGUCACGCGCGCGGGGCCGUGUCCCGCCCUAAGAUGUCCGCCGCCGAGCUCCGCCCUUCGCCUGCCGGUUGCGCCGAGCGUCGUCUCUCGCCUCUCGCCUCGCUUCUGCUUCUGCCCGCAGCAGCAGCAGCAGCCCGAGCUGCCCGUUGAGCCGCGAUGGUGAACGUGCUGAAGGGCGUGAUCGUGGCGUGUGAUCCUCCCAUGAAGCAGUUCCUGCUCUUUUUGGAUGAAACCAAUGCUCUGGGGAAGAAGUUUGUGAUCCACGAUCUGGACGAGACGCAUCUGUUCAUCGCGUCUGAGGUGGUGCCCAUUCUGCAGGAGCGAGUGGGCGAGCUCAUGGACCAGAACUCAUUCCCCAUCACCCAGAAAUAAAGCGUGCGCUCCUCCUCCACACGCGGGGACGGCCAACCGAGGAAGAUGUCUCCUGAAGAUUAUUUGUGCGUUUUCAAAUCCAAGCAUUUCACUGGCUAGUGUAAAAUAAAAACAUUUGGCUCGGCAUGUGGAGUGUUUUGGCAGCGGAAUAAAAAGCUUUUGAAAUGAUGGCUUCAUAGACCGAUGAUAUUGAGUGCUUUGACCCGUGCAGCGAUUUGUAAACGUGUUAAAUAUGCCCAGGUUAUGUGUUGUCUUCCUCACGUUAAUAUAGUCACCAGGAAACGCGUGGCGCUGAAACCAUGGAUUGUGGUUCAUUUUAAAUUACAGCUUUUUGGCUAAAUGUGAAAGUAACUGCUCACUUGCUACAAAAUGUAAAGUUGGGUGUAAAAUAUCUGAAACGUCAACUGAAACAUUUACAUAAAACUUGAUGGAGGAUACAAUACGUUUGAGCAUUUUGUUUUUUUAUAGGUUGAACUGCACGUUUAUAUCAGUUGAGUGUUGUGCUGUCAUGAGUUUGGCACUGCUGCAUAUGGCAGAAAUAUACAUCACAAACCAAUAAUGCUGCAAUAAACAAGUAAUACAGUAUACAACUGAAUGGUGCUGCCAAUGUUCAUCAUGGUUGUAAUUGACAACUUGCGUAGGUAUUGAAAAUACCAUCGUGUGGAAGCCUGCAUUUUGCACGAUUUUAUCCUUGCAUGUGUAUUCUCAAAUUGAUGAAUUUAACCCACUACUGUACCAUGAAGAAACGUAAGAAUUCUAGUACAAUGGCUAACCUAACUUUUAAUGCUGAAGUGACUACUAUUUCAGUCUGUUUUACCACACUUGGGCACUCUUGAUUUUUGCUUGGAAAUUUUGUUCAUGCCAUUUGGGCAAAAUGUAGCAAAACCGUUGCAUUUGAACUGCUUUGUACAGUCACACGGGAGAGUGGGAGAAAUAUGAACCACUGCUGUACAGUUUAUACGUCAUUCUUCUACAAAGUGUUGAAUGCUUCAGCGGGGAUUGUAAAAGUUAAUGUUCCUUAAUGCGGAGUGUUUUGAUGAAACAGUAUUGCAAAUUUUCACUUCACAACAUUACACAGUUUCCCAGGUAUUUAGUGUUUCUGCCUGUCAUUUAUUUUUGGAAUAUUUUGGAUCUGGACAAUUUUUCCAACGACAGAAAACAAAUAACAACUUAACCAAUGUGUUAAUAACGUUGGGAACACCUAACCACAGUCCUUGAGUUACAUCAACAACAGCAGUACACAUUAUUCGAGUGAGGGAUUCAUUUUGAUGUCUGUUUAGUGUUCUGGUUAGUAUAAGUUGCUAGUCGUGGAGCGAUUGGCUCUCAUCCGUAAGGUUGCGAGGUUUAAUCUCGGUUUGGGGUUGAUUCCGCCUCGGGUUGAUAAAAUUGGUAUCACGAGAGACGUGCUGUAAACGGAUGAUCACCGUCGUAAUGGUAAUUUGAACAGUAAAUUACAUGUUUUGA